AUGCCUUUAAAGAUUGAAGCCACCGUAUCUGAAGUUGAUCUCCCUCUCAUUGACAUCUCUGAAUUUUCACAUGACUUGGAUGGUGAAGAUCUGAUCCAGCUUCGCGGUUCUCCCGUUGUAGCUAAAAUCAGAGAAGCGUGCAAAGAGUGGGGAUUUUUCUACCUUGUCAACCAUGGAAUUCCAGAAGAGCUUCUGGAGACGUCUCAGAAAGCUGGCCGAGAUUUGUUAUCCAUGCCGACAGAAGUUAAGGACACAAUAACAACUUGUAUACCAUUCGAUAGUUACUAUCGAAGUCCUAACUUUGAGACAAUCGGUAUUUGUGACCCAACUAGGUCAGAUUCGAUACCCCAAAUGUGUUUAAAGAUAUGGCCGGAAGGAAAUCCAAAUUUCUGUGAGACGAUGGCAAAAUACUCUUUGUGUCUCUCAAAUCUUGUACGAAAAAUCACAAAAGUAGUUCUUCUAAGCCUAGGGUUGGAUGCCAAGGCUUUCUACCACUCUCACUUUGAAAAGUGCACAACAAAAUUGCACAUAAACGGGUAUUCAUCGCAAAAAAAAGUUGUCGGGGAGGAGACACUGCUAUCUCAUGCAGAUAGUGGUUGCCUCACAAUUGUUUACCAAGAUGACAAGGGAGGCCUUCAGAUUCGAUCUGGUGAGGGUGAAUGGUUCAACGUCAAACCUCUAUCUCAUUCCUUUGUUGUCAAUGUGGGAGACUCCCUUAAGGCGUGGACUAAUGGUGGAUACCGUAGCGCAGCGCAUCGCGUAGUUUGUAAAGGAUGGAUAGAUCGUACGUCUAUUGCCUUCAUCACUUCCUUUCCAAUGGAGACGGAAAUCUGGGCGCCUGAGGAACUUGUUGACGACAACAAUCCAAGACGUUACAAGCCUUUCAUAUUCUCGCAAUUCAGGCGUGAAAUUCAUACUAAUACAGACAUUAUAGAUAAAACUGGUUUUCUCGAACGAUUCGCUGGUAUAUGA